GUAUGGUAUAUUCAGUAUGAACAUGCUGCUGUAUGUUGUGUACACCACAGGACGUCCCAAGCUCCCAGGCAUGUGAACUACGGCAAAAUUCCCACGCAAUUGCCGUGUAGGCUGAAAAAAACUCCGUAAGGCGUCGCGAGAUACGACAAUCUUUCUAAAAAUUUACACUCGUCGUCAGAGAUCGACUGGAUCUGGUCGAGUCUGAUCAUCCGUUUCUUCAAGUGAAGCGAACCUAAGGACAACAUCGUGAGAAAAGAACAUUUGUAAAAUCCAUGGCAACGUUUGGUCUCACCAGCACCAUCAGUAAUACGUCCAACCCACAACUGAACCCGUUUACAAAUGAAUACUUUUCUCCACCACCCGUCAAACUUAUACCACCAUCAUCGGACGGCGACUGUGACGACGAUGCUCCGACGGGCGCCUCUCUUUCUCGCACUUCCGGGUCGCUAUCUCUCCCUUCCAGAUCAUAUCUUGAACCACCUUCACCGAACACGGAAAAAACAGUAAACCCUCCACCGUCACCAUUACGUAGAUCAAAUAGCGGACCCAUACACGGAGCCCAGGAUUUUACAGACUCUCCUGGGAUUCCCCGAAGUGCCAGUGAAGAACCAUGCACAGAGAGACACCUAGCUCCAGCAGCACAUUUACAACAUCACCUUUCAGAGAGUGAUCUACCGGAAGGUGUACAAAGUGGCGUCAACAAAAGAGGACCAUAUGCAAGGCCUAUAUUUAUCUUAUCAUGCCCAGAGAAUAUCGGUAAAGCUAUCUAUCGAGAGAAGCUAAGUCAGCUAACAGGAAACGAUAAGUUUGUACUUCCUGUCAUGCAUACAUCACGGCCGAAAGAAUUCCAUGAAGUAGAUGGCCUUGAAUAUUGGUUUGUAAAUAAACAACAAAUGAAGAAAGAAAUACAAAGAGGCUACUUUUUAUCUUUUGAGAAGAUGGACAUUCAUUUAUACGGCAUUAAAUUAUUGACAGUGCAGACUAUGGCAAAGCAGGGAAAACACUGUGUCCUUUUUGGUACUGAAGUUGAGGGCGCUCUGCGACUGAUGGAGGCCAGAUUAGAUCCAUACAUUAUUUACAUCAAACCUACGUUCUGCCAUUCACUGCAAAAUAUGGUUAAAAGCCUGUCUGUGCGUGAUACACAGAAAUAUUAUGCACAUCUCCUACAGCAAGAAAAGGCUUACAAACAUGUCAUAACAGCUACCAUAUGUGCAGACAUAUGGGACGACGUUUAUACACAGCUUUCAACUAUUAUGAACACUUUCCCUUCUCAUGCUCAGAAUUCCAACUCAGUGCCUGGUAGACCUAUCAUCCUCUGUGGACCACUGUCAUUGAUACGUGGAACCAGUCUAUAUUUUAACAGUAGUUAUCCCGACAAAUUUGAUGAUUGCUGCAGAACCACCACUAAUAUUGACAUAAACUUGGUAUAUGACCCUGGAUGGAGGCUGAAAUUCCAGUCAGUGAAAGACAUGCAAUCAGUUAUUGAGAAAAAAGAGUACAUUGUUGAUGAGAGGCUGAAGUACUUUCAGAAUAACAGCAAAUCAUGUCUUGAUAAAGAGUUUCUUGUUUUGCCAUCAUCUGUUAAGGAGAUUACACAGCAGGGAAAAUAUUGCAUCCUGGAGUCUGAUGAAUUCUGGUCUGUGAAGUUAGCGCUAGUUUAUAAUCUUGAUCCCAUUACUAUUAUGGUAAAACCUUUAACGGUGAAAGCAGCUGGUGAUUGGUCAACUCAUCAAACGUUCCACAGUAAUUCUCGCAAAAAUAACAUCCAUAAUAAUGAGAUGUGGAAAUACUUCACAGCUGUCAUUGAGUGUGAGAAACCAGAAGAAGUCACUCGUAAAGUCUCCUGGAUCCUUAAUGAGUUUAUUCUUCCUAAUUAUUUUGAUGCAAGUGAAGUGGAGAACCCAUACUGUGUGGAAAUGAAUAGAACACCGAGGGCAGUGCCACAGACUGUCUCGCAUACUCCACACCGACAUCCACAUCUUUCAAAUUCAGCCUACUUAGAAGAUGGGCCUUGUGCACGCAGACACUCUACAGUGAGUGUGAAACGAGAGACUGUGGUCUGA